AAGUUUGUGAUCAAGGUUGUUUACAUGUUCAAUGACCACUGUGUGAAUAAAAGUCCCGCUCAAAAGAACUUGUCAGAACUUGUUUCCACCUGUUUCUUUGUUUUAAGUAUCAUGAUAAAAUGCAUAAUUUGGAAAGAUAUAGUUUUUUAAUUAUUAAUCAAUAUCAUUGUGAAGUGCUGUUUUGAAUCGGUAUAAAAAUAUUUACUUUUUGAAAAUAAUUGAGGAAAAUAAACAGGAAAAGAAUUCUGAAUUCACUAUGGAUAAAAGAAAAUUAAUAUUAAGAAACAGUUUACAUAAAGAUGUACAACCAAUUAAUCAAUCAUUAGAGAAGAUUAACUCUAUUAGUGAUAAACAAAUGAGUACUCACACUACCAACAUUUUAACACAGGAAAAGAGUGAAUCAUUUCAUUUCAUUUCAAAGCAAAAUUUCCAUAUAUCUGUUUUUUCUAAUUUUUUACAAAAAUGUGGUAUAUUAUCAACUGAUGACAUGUAUACACUUAAUGUUCCUCCAUCCAUUGCCAAAUGGAAGAUGAAAAAAGUAUUGAAUUUAAAGCAAUACCAGAAAAAAGAUAUAAUUGAUUCGAUAGAGGAAUAUAUUAGAAGUGAAGAAAAUUUUGUAAAAAUGUUGAACGAUAUGGAUAUAUCUACUGAUAAUAAUGGUUUUAAUGUUCUAAGCAAAAUAACUCUUGCAAGAAUUCUGUUAGAAGUUACAGAAAUUCAAGUAGACAUAUAUAAUAUAUUCAUAUCUAAACUUAAUGAAUCUGUUCUUUUAGCAGACACUCUAGAGGAAGUACCUUGGGCUAUAUUACUACUACAUCAAUUUCGCUUUUUGGAUACUAUAACUGAUGUUGAUAUAUUAACUACAAAUAUACAACAACUCUUAGAAACAUGUCCAUUGUGGUUUCAACAUGAACUUAUUUUGUUUCUACCUGAUAUUUUAUCAGAUGCUCAACAUCAGAUUAUCACUGAAGUAUUAACAAAAAUGUUGGAGGAAAAUUUUGAAUUAACAAAUGUAAUUUUGAAUUGUAUUGCCAGUUUUAAUCUUGGCAAGGAGUAUUUAGAAGAAUAUAAAAUUAAAGUAUUACAUUUGUUAAAAACAAACAUGAAAAUAGAACUUAUACCAAUUGUCAUCAGAUUUCUUUUAAACGAUUGUGUAUGUUCUGACAUUGUCAAACAAAUGUUACUUGUGUUGCGUAAUAUAGAAAUUCAGCCUCUUGCCGGCGAUAAUGCUGAAAACUGUUAUAAAAAUCAAGUACAAAUAGUUAAAACAUUAAAGAUAUGUAUGUUAUUAGCUAAAGAUGUGACAGAUGUCGCAAUAACAGUAAUAAAAGAUAUUAAUAAAAAUCCAAAACCAUUAGAUUUAAUCAUUUUGCUUUUAAUAUAUUCUGGGACAAUAAGGCAAAAAACUGCAGAAGCUUUAUUAAAGCAAAAUAUACGAUCUGGUUUUUAUAGACCAAGCUUGCUUCAAACACUUUACAGUGAUUAUAAAGAGGUUGUUCGGGAAUUACAAUCGCCAAUUUUGCAAUUGGCGAGUAAACUGUUAAAGUCUGAAGAACGUGUGUUUAUUAAUUUCGCAAUAGAAUGGUUCCGAUUACAGUUCCUCAGUCAAAAAACAAUACCAUUUAAGCAACGUGAAAUAGUAAAAAAUACUAUCCUUCUUAUGGGUAAUAAUGAUCAAACUGUGAAACAUGCAUUAACUGUACUUUGCAAAAUGGCAGAGAAUACAAUAGAAAGAGAUUGUUUAGUAUUACACUGCAAUCAUUUGAGAAUUUUACUAGAAAAAAUCGAUUGUUUUGGAUUAGAAGAAGUUGGUACUUUGAGUGAUUUAUUGCACGGAUUAUGUCUAGCUGAUGAUUCUACUUCAGAAUCUUUACGGGAUGAUUUAUUUAUAUUGUUACAAAAACAAUUAUCUACUGCCAAACCAAUUACCAAAUGUAAAGGUGUUAUGGGAGCAGUAAUGGCAAUAAAACAUUUAGCAGGAAAAGCUGAAACAUGCGAUCAAGCUCUGAAAUUAUUCAAUAAGGUAAUGAAGAGUGUCAAGAAUUGUUGUAAAUCGCAGCCUCUGUUUUAUGAUCAAUUAGCACAAGUAAUUGCUCAAGCUGAACUUAUCAAUACUGAUUUUAUCCAAAAAAUUAAAAACUACAUUGAAGAUGAAUUUGUUAAUACAUAUAUGACAGAUGAAUUACAAUCCAGGGAAGAUUUAAUACCUAGAUUUGGACUAAAUAAUGGAGAAAAUGAGUCACAAAAUUGCGUAUUAAAUUUUGGAAAUAAAAGAAAUGGUCCAAUUGCAUCAAUAUUAUUUCGACUUCUUAAGACAUGUUGUAUGAGGCUCAGUGAACAUGGAGAACUGCGGGCUAUAGACGUUCUCUUAGGAUGCGAAAUGUUAAUGCCACAAAAUUUUGAUAUACCAGAAUUUUCAACAUUAGAUCUUAUUAUAUGCAGUAUUAAUUGGCUUAGAGAAGUAAUCUCAGGUUUUGUCACGCAAACAGAUCCUUUAUAUCGACAACAAGUAUUAAAACGUUUAGAUACUUUAAUAUAUUUGCAAAAUGAAUUGAAUAUGCUACUAAUGUUAUGUGACACCAAAUAUCAACCAUCACCAUGUUAUUUCCAUUAUUUUCCAUUACCAUCAUUUAUAAAAAUUGAAAAAAAAAAUAGUAAAAAAGGAAAAAAACUUACGAAAGAAAAGAAAAUGAACACUUCUGUGACAAUAGAAGAUGAAUGGGAGAUAAGUUCCACAUUGUAUUCUAAAAAUCCAGCAUAUUUUAGAAAAUUUGACGCAAAGAUAGCUUACCUUUUGGAUGUUAAAAUUGAUGUACAAUCAUCACAAUCUGAAAUACAAGGUAUAUCAAUAAAACAAGUAUGUUUUAUUGUAAAAGAACUUUUAAUAAUAUUCGAAAAUGAACCAUCCGAGAGUUUUGUGAAAGAUUUAAUAUACUUAUUACCAAAGAUCUGCUCAAAAUUGGAUGAUGUUGUCAGCAGAUUAAGACAAGAUGACAAUUACGAUUUUCGAAAAGGUGCAAUAUUAUUAUUGCGCCUUCUCACUAGUAUUUUUAAUUGGAAAGGGUUUUCGAGUGUAACAUACAAUAUAUUGUUACGCGAAGGUUUACGUAAUUUGGCUAGACAAGUCAAUGAAGAAAAUGCUUUAUUGCGAUCUAGUAAGGAACUUGUUGCAGAAUCAUACAAAUAUUUUGAAUCAUUGUCAGAUAUUGCCACCGAAAUAGCAUUAGCUACUGCUCUUGUCAAUUUGUGCCAAUCGUUAAUGAAACAUUCUGACAGUUAUAUCCGAGAAUAUAAGGGUAAACAUGCAAAAUUAGCAUAUGGAUUUCUUUGUCUGGAAUGGUCUGAAGAUAAGCAUAUUGGUCCUCAAUAUAAGUUAUUUGUUAUUCAGCUAUUAAAUAAUUGGAUAGAUAAUGAACCAUCACCAUUAGAUACAGUGACAUCAGUUUUGGAAUGGUUACCAGAUGAAGUCUGCAAUUUUGAAAAUGUUCAUAGUUCUUUAACACGAAUAUCUUCUGUAAAAAGAAAUAUUUUUCACUUGUUAUAUGGAAAACUAUUUGAUGGUUUAAUUAAAGGUAUUAACAUAUCGUUGUUGGUGGUCAACUCAGAUCAAAAAAGAAUAAAGGUAUGGCACAAUAUUACUUCAAAUGUUCAAAAACUUGUGCAAAUUUGUAAAACUUUGAAAACAAAGACUACUAUACGACUAUUUUUGCGAUACAUGCCACAAUUAAUAAAACAAUUUUUAAAUAUUGGUAUGCCAAUACUUGAACAUAAUCUGAAGUAUCAAACAGACGAUGUAACUCGUAUUCUAAAAAUGAUGCAAAGUGGUACAAGAUACUUACAUGCCAUAUGUUGCGACUGCACAGAAAAAAAGAAUCUACUAUUAUUUAAAUAUGUUCCUGCAGCAAAAUCUAUACUAGAGAAAUUAAUUUAUAGUGUCAAAGGAAUGUUAGUCCUUAACGAUAGUGCAGCAGCAUUUUGGAUGGGAAAUCUUGUCAAUAAGAAUUUAGAUGGCCGUGAAAUUUUUUCACAGACAUCAUCAGAGGAAACUGCUUUAGACAUGAAUACAAACUCGGAAGAAUUAGCAAAUGCAUCAUCUGAAAUUUUAGAUUCUGAUUUAGGCGAAAAUCCAAUGGAAGAUGAAAACGAUGAUAUUGAUAUAUAAUUAUAUAAUGGGUAAGUAAAAAUAAAAAAUGU